AUGGGAAAAGAUGCAAAGGCGGGAGGGAAGGGUAAGGGAAAGCAGGCUGCAAGUGGAAGUGAUGAGAAUGCUUCCAAGGGAAAAGGAAAAGGUGGGAAAGCUGCAGAUGGGCUUGGUACUUGCACCUAUGUCAAAGCAAGACAUGUCUUAUGUGAGAAACAAGGUAAGAUUAACGAAGCCUACAAGAAGCUGCAGGAUGGUUGGCUUAGCAAUGGAGAUAAGGUUCCUCCGGCAGAGUUUGCAAAGGUAGCACAAGAAUAUUCUGAAUGUCCAUCAGGAAAGAAGGGUGGAGACCUUGGAUGGUUUCCACGAGGAAAGAUGGCUGGCCCAUUUCAGGAAGUUGCCUUCAACACACCUGUUGGAGCUACUAGUGCUCCUUUCAAAUCAACGCAUGGCUACCAUAUUAUCUUAUCUGAAGGAAGAAAGAACUGA